UGACGGUUUUAAUAAAGAAUGAGCGAACUAAUAGAAACCGACAAUGGAGAAUACCUAUGGUAUAAUCCAGAGACAAAACAAUACCACGUGGUGGAAGUAGCUGAACAUCCACAAAAAUCAGAUGAGCACACUGUUUCCUGGGAUAAAUCUGAAACGACAAAAUUAUUAGAUGAGCACACUGAAAAACCAUCUACCUCAAAAGCUGCUUCCUGGGAUAAAUCUGAAACGACAAAAUUAUUAGAUCUAUGUAUUGAAUACAAAGAACAAUUGUUUAGUCCUAAAUAUAAAAAAAUUGAAAUAUAUAAAAUUAUUUCUAAGAAACUAAAUGAAAAUGGCUAUUCUUUCACAGAGAAUCAGUGCUUUGGACGAAUGAAAACCUUAUUGUCAAAAUACAAAGAAAUUAAAGACCACAACUCAAAAACAGGUAAUGAUCCAAAAACAUGGAUGUAUUUUAACAUGGUAGCUAACUAUGUUGGCGAUAGACCUGGAAUAUCACCUGUUGCUGGUUGUUCCAGUUUAUCGGCUGCUAAAAGACCAGCUGAACUGUCUACCAAUAAAGAAAACAAAAGACCAAAAACGAAAUUUUCGCCUCAAAAAGAAAUGCUUAAAUGGUUAAAAGACUAUAAAGAAGAUAUUGCGGAUAGGGAAAAUAAGAAAUUAAAGAUUAUGGAGAAACAACAUGAUGAUAAUCAAAAAGUAUUGACAGAGAUUUUAUCACGAUUGAAAAACAAACAAUAAAAAUAAUAUACCUUUAUGUUUGACUAACUUGCUGAUAAAUUUUCUCGUUUAAGUUUGCAAUGUUUCAGGUAAAAUAAUGUAAGAAUAUGUUUUUAAGUUUGUAAAGUUUUAGGUAAAAUAUAAGAAUGUUUUUAAGUUAUGUUUCAGGUAAAAUAAUAUAAGAAUAUGUUUUUAAGUUUGUAAUUUUUUAGGUCAAAUAAUAUAAGAAUGUUUUUUAAGUUUAAAUUUGCAAUAUAAGAAUAUGUUUUUAGGUUU